ACCAGGAUGCAGAGCUUGCAGCCGGACCCCAAAGCCCAGUACAGGAGCGUGUACGAAGCGCUGAAGAAGAUUGUCAUGACAGAGGGUUUCUGGAGGCCUUUACGUGGGAUUAAUGUCACCAUGCUGGGCGCUGGCCCUGCCCAUGCCAUGUACUUUGCCUGCUAUGAAAAGAUGAAAAAGUCUCUAAGUGACACUUUCCAGCAUGGAGGAAACAGCCACUUGGCCAAUGGUAUAGCUGGGAGCGUGGCCACGCUGCUCCACGAUGCAGUGAUGAUUUUUCCGGCUGAAGUGGUGAAGCAGCGGAUGCAGAUGUUCAACUCCCCCUACAAGUCCGUCCUGGCGUGCAUAAGGACAGUGCAGAAGACGGAAGGGUUUGGUGCCUUCUACCGCAGCUACACCACCCAGCUCCCCAUGAACCCUCUGGAUGUCUGCAAGACCCUGCUCAACACCCAGGAGAACAUGGCCUUGAGCUCUGUGAACAUCAGCGGGCACCUCACGGGCAUGGUGAAUGCCUUCAAGACUGUCUAUCAGCUGGGGGGUGUCUCGGGGUAUUUCAGGGGGGUACAAGCACGUGUCAUUUACCAGAUGCCCUCAACAGCCAUUGCCUGGUCUGUGUACGAAUUCUUCAAGUACUUUCUCACAAAGCACAAGCUGGAGAAGAGAACAUCCUUGUGA